UAUGCCGCAGAGAUUUCCUGCCUCUUGUCAUCCAGCAAAAGGCCAUCAACAAUGAUCUGUAUCCCAUAUUGCUUUGUUGUUUCUGUUGUGAACGUGCUAGCAACUACGGGUCUAUUAUACCAGGUGUACAGGCAUAUCAUGUUAAGGAAGCCCGUAAUCGUCAUUGUCGAGUUGCGCCGAGUGCACCGAGAGAUGUAAAGGGGGGGCAAACCGUUUGGAAAGACCAGAUUCACGGGCCUGAAAGGAACCGCACACUAUUCAGCAGGACGCACCACACUGGGCUCUAUCGCAAACUAUUAUUUAUACUUCUGCCCGAAAACACUUGCCAGGCUCUCACAGGGUAUCUCCUCGAUCGUUUCGCUGGUGAUUUGGCGUUCACGACAGAGAAAUCCAACCUGGACACGAAAUCCGACUACGAGGCGGCUCUGAAGUCGAUUCUGAAUCACGUCCAUUUCGACAAAUUGAAAGGGUCCGUUGACCAGAUACGCUCAUCAUUUAACGAAAACGAACGCACAUUGAUAUACACCAUUAUUGAUGCGUGGCGAAUCGGACUUGAACACCCUCAAGCAGGUACGUAUAUAAG